AGCCAGCCUCAGGAUGGGUGUGGCCAAAGCAAAGAGGUAAGGUUAUAGGUUUAGGUUGGAUCCUAGUCGGACUAGUAUAACUACUGACACUCAGCGCAGAGCCUUGGGCCCUGGUGUAAGGGCCGCUAAUCUUCUGGUUGAUGCAGGAUAGGUUAUUAGCUCAUCUGAUAGCCCAGAUUAAGCUCAGGGGGCUUUAGGAGCAAACAACCUGCUUUUCAGUGUUUGAUCAGGAAGAGCGAGGACCAUCAGCACCAUGAGAGCUGUCCAGUACUGUCUGCUGCUCCUGCUUUCCCUGGUCCUGCUGUCAACCAACAGUGAGGCUUUGCGAUGUUACACCUGCAUGGGCUCCAAUAAUGCCGACUGCAACCGGCAAGGCUCCAAAGCUUGCCCCAGCUUCUCUGACGCCUGCGCUGUAGUGGUGGGCCAUGACAGUGGCGUGAUGAAGUCGUGCUCCUACAGGUCUUUCUGCAGUCAGGCCAACAGCCAGGGCUACAGAGCUCCAGGUGUCAGAGUUCACUGCUGCUACAGUGACGACUGCAACGUCUCAGGCUUUGCCUCCCGCCUGCCUGGACUCAACUACUUGCUACUGCUCCUUCCGUUGUUGUUUCACUGCUUAUUCAAGUAGACGUACAGCUCAGCUGAAUCAUGCCAACAAGUAUCCACCUGUAACAUAGAUGCCAACUACUCUGCCAAAUAACACCUGCCUCAUUUCACACUUCAUGCCAUCCUGCUCACUACCACUCCACUUAACUCUGAUUUACUUUAUGCAUCCACACACAAACGUAGACAUCAUGGAGAUUCUGUACAUGGCAGAGCUUGAGGUUUAAGGUGUGACUGUGUGGAUUAUAUGAACCACGUUGGGCUGAAUCCAUUAAGAAGUACUCAAGUAGAUGCGUCUUUCAAUGGAUUUCACUAAGCCAAUAAGUAGAAGAUCCUGAGGGAAACGCUGGAAUAACAGGUGGAGACCAUUUAUUAUUUUAUAAGAGGAAGAGCUUCCGCAUCCUGGUUUGAUGCUCAUCACACAAUUUGUGAAACUACACGAAAAAAAAAACUAGACUGUAUUUUUACCGAUCACCUAUCAAGAUAUAUUUCACUGCAUCUUUCCUGUCAUACAUAUCGAUACGCACAAAUAUUUCAGCAUAGCUUGUGUUGCAGAAGAUGUCAUUGUGGUUAUGUUUAUCAAUGAGACCACACUCAGAUGGAGUGUUGUUAGAUCAUUAGCCCUCUACCUGUCUGCCACACAGCUGACUUCUAUGAGAUAUUUUGGAAGGCAGAGAAAAAAAUGCUUGCUUCUCAUGCACUGUAAAUCCACAUAAUCCUUUUACAUGCCCGUGGCCAGGUGUGGUGCUCUGAUGAGGUUAAUCCACUGCGUUUGAAGUCACUUAAAGAAUUACCAAGUUUAUAAAGAGACUCCGAGUACACUUCACUGAUGGAUGACUCAUAAAACUAGAGGCAACUAUAUUAAAAAAUGUAUGUCUGUGCAUAAAGACCACAAGACAUGCCCAGAGGGUGACUGCACACUGUUUAUUGUGUAAUUCUUUUUGCAGUAUUUUGUUUGGAAUUCAUGUUGGGAUGUACAUUAAAUACGUAACCCGCAGCUGUUGGUGUCUUUAUGCAAUUUUAGUUCUAUCAAUAAUUUAAAUGAGCGAGAAGUUACAUUAUACUGUACUAUAAGUUUGAGAAUGUCUUUCCCUAACCUUAGCUGCACAUUCAAGUCUUAGAGUGUGUACAUUCACAUACUGGGUUUGUGUACAUUUCUCAUUAUGGGUAUUUUUUUUUAAUUAAAACAUAACUUCAUGAUAAAAAAAAAACAACUAACACUGCCAUAUUUUCUGAACUGUAUAUAAUAUAUUGCAUGGACAUAUAUUCUACUGCUGAAUAGCACAGUAAAACUCUUACUGAAUGUAUAGAUUAACUCAUCAUAAUCCUACAUAAAUGCAACCAAUAUAAAAGUCCUUUGGUGACUGUCCCUGUGUGAAUGUGAUUCUUUCACUCUUAAAAAUCACAGCAUUAUGAAGAUUGUCAAGGGUGAGAGAUUGUCUGAACUUCUUUAAACAUUACAAACAGCACCCAGAUCAAGUGGAUUAACCUCAUUUCAUUGGCGGAAUUCAUUUCUAAGAAAAAUAAAUCCUGUUGCCGGUUUGAAGAA